UUGAAUGUCUUCUAUACAGAUGCCGUUCCUGUGGAAUGCGCUGACGCGCAGUUCAUUCGCGCUGAUGAUUCCGUAUUAAUUGGAUUCGCACGCAAUGUUACACUUGUGGAAACUAUGGAACAAUGUGUGGAGCAGUGCAUUAAAGAACAAGAUUGCAAGUCCGCUAUGUACUUUUAUGAGGAAGGCGAGUGCAUCACAAAUACCGAAUCUGCCCUUUCCAAGCCUAGUGCUUUCGCUAGAGAAGAAAACGAGAAAGUGGUCUAUUUUCAAAAUGGAUGCUUGUCGAAGCUACAAUCCCAUGAAGAUCCAUCUCUCACAUCAGCAGAACCCACUGAAAAUCAAGAUCACGUAAAAGAAGAGGAGAUUGAGGACACUCCCGAGCUAAGAGGAAGUGGAAGAGACCUUUCUGAUACCGUUGUACAGCUAACUGCUACCCGUUUUCGCGAAGCUACCACUAGUGCCGGAUCUUUUAACAUGGGGACCACCUCUGCUACGCAUGAAAAGAGCAGCGAUGAGGAUGAUGCGGAGGACGCUACUUCGGCAGAACUUACCACUACUACUGCCCACACUACGACCACAUCAAGACAACAGCCAGAAGUUGAAACCGCAACAACCGCUGAAAGCUCCGUCGAAACGAAACUAAAUAAGAAGGGCGAGAAAGCCAGUUACAUUAAAUACAAGAAACAUCCCAAGAACUUUGCCUCGAAGACGGCUAAACUCACAGACAGAGUUAAGCAGGGCGAGUCUGUGAUCACCGAUGAAGGAGGGGAACCAGUUGAAGGACAAACUUCUCCUUUUGACAAAAAGAAGCAUUUAUCAAUUAAGCCGGUAUUCGAAAGCGCUGAAAAGGAAAAAGAGGAUGUGGAGGAGUAUCCAACCUACUUCUCCGAAUGGUCAGAUUGGACGCCGUGCACGAAAGGUGGUGAACGCCAGAUCCGUCGUCGUAAAUGCUUAGACCUGCGUCGCUGUCUCGGUGCUUUGAUGCAAGUUCGUAACUGUCCCGCUGUGCUACCGGAACCGGCUCAAUCCGGACCUGUUGAAUCUGUCCGUUCUGUGAUCGAAGUGCCCCGAAUUCCAGAAUACGACGACGCCGAUGGAAAUCCCGAAGUUCGGCCGUCUACCGUUGUUCAACAAGCGGAAUCUGUUUGGAGCCCGUGGUUAGGAGUGUGCCAGCAUUUCGCAUCCGGUCAGCCAUGCAACAGUGGUGAGAUGAUAGGUUUCGAGUCCCGUGAAUGUAUAGCCAAGGAGCCAAGUAUGUGCGAAGGACCCUUCUUCCGAUACUGCACUUUACCUUGUUAA